AUGGGUGGAUGGGUGGAUGGGCAGAUGGGCUUUUGUCUCUUUUUCAUUCACAUCCCGAUCUCUCUCUCUCUCACUCUCUCUCUGUCGCUCUCUCAAUCUCUACUCUCAGUCUACUCUCAGUCUACACUCUCUCUUCUACUCUCUCUCUCUCUGUCUCUCUUUUUCUCCCUGUCUCUGCUUCUGUGGGCGCAAAUGCAAUCAGAAAGCCCUGGGGAUCCGCGCGAUUCCAAGUUCAAGCACAUUCGCCCAAGCAUGCCGCCUGCGACUCCACCCCCCGGCAGCAUGGACGAGCGCUUCAAACCUCGCUCACGCCUGGCCCUGCAGCGCGACAGAUAUGCCUGGAAAGACCCGCGCCUCUGGUCUGCUCAUGAUGUCGCCGUCUGGCUCAGAGGUGUAGACAAGGUGGACAAGCCCGUUCUCGAGGACUUUAUCAUUCAUGAAGUUGAUGGCCCACACCUCUUGGCCAUGACAGCCGAUGACCUCGCCAACCUAGGCAUCACACUGGUUGGACAGCAGUGCAGCGUUUUGACUGCUACCAAGGCCCUGCAAGAAUUGCCCACCACUCUGAGCAAUUCUGAAAUUGGCAUCCUGGGCGCCAAGCUGCUUCAAGCAGGCCGCACUAUCGAUCUCAGCCCACUUGAAGCGGUGCGAACCAUGGUGACCGCCCUGACAGCUUCCAUUGCCAAUUUGGAUGAAGCCCCACUCGAACCCGUGGCCGCGUACACUGAAACUCGCAGUGGUCUUCUCCAUUGCACCAAAAACUUUCUCCAAAGUGUCAACGCUACCAAGGACACCUCCGCCCGCAACACAGAGUUUGUUCAAGCCUGUAAAAACUUUGUGCGCCAGCUGCUUCCCUUUCUGCAAAAACUUCGCACCAUGCACAAUGAUCAGUAUGGGCCGGUGACGGGUGAGGCUCUAGAAAUGCUCCAAAGCGUCAACGUUCAUGUUCCUGCGGACACUUCGGUUGGCCUCUCCAUUAAAGCUGGUCGAAAUGGUCUCAUCUUUCUCAGCGGCAUAGCCCCCAACAAACCAGCCGAGCGCAGUGGUAUGCUACGUGUCGGCGACGAAAUUCUCCAGAUUAAUGACCAGAAUAUCGUGGGCUGGCGUACCCGUUCAGUGGCUGCUCUUCUCAAGCAGUGCUCUACCCCUUUGACUUUUGUGGUGCGCAUGACCGCGGUGGAGUAUGACUCGCGCAUCGCCGCCCUUAUGGAUCAAGCGCGCGCGAUCCGAAGUUCCAUUGGUUCGGUCCAUUCGCAGCGCACACGCACCUCCAGCCAUGGCCAGCGCAGCCUGUCGUCGCGUGCUUCCAACGCCCACAUCCCACAGAUUGCCGUCCAAGAAGAAGAGGCUCAGCCGGUGUCCGUCUCUCCUGAGCCGUUGAGUACUGCUCCACCCGUCCAGGUGCUUGCUCCGGCCCAAGGCGACGUUAUUGAACAAGGUGCCCUCUACCACAUCAAGUGGGACAGCUCCAUCCUUCAGCAAGGCCAGCUCAGAAUACGACUCAUGUCCAAGCAAAACGAUCAUGCCGAAGUCAUUGCCGACAACGUGCCCAACACCGGCCUGUUCGAGUGGCAGCUCGGCUCCAGCCUACGCGAGGGUACUGACUAUCAAAUUCUUCUGGCCUUGGCUGCACCAUCGGGCUCAGAGUUUCUCUCCAUGAGCAGCAAGUUCAAGGUCUUGGGAAAGGCAAACCGCAUUAAACCCCUGGCCCACUACCCCAAACCCCACUGCGUCACUUUGACCCGUGGCCCACAGGGCUCAUUUGGCUUCGAGUUGGACGGAGCUUUUGUCAGCGACAUUGAAAUCAACGGUCCUGCACAUCGUCACGGCACCCUAACCAUUGGGGAUCAAAUUGUUUCUGUGGAUGGCGACUCUGUAGUGGGCUGGUCGCAAUUGGCCCUUGCCAACCGUCUACUUAUGGCUGGUCCAGAGGUCACCAUUGUCGCUAUACCCAAUGACUACUUGGAACGUUUCAACGUUCUGCAUCACGAGUACAAGGAGAAAUUGGUUUGUCGCAAGGUGACUCUAGACCCGAUCCCAGCUGAGCAGGGCAUUGAAACCUUUGGUCUGGCUCUUCGUGCCCAGGACAGCGUGGUGACGCUCGGCUCGGUGGCGAAAGACUGCGCAGCUGCAUCGAGUCGCCACCUAGUUCCUGGUGUGUGCGUGGUGCAAAUCAAUGGCCAGGCAUGCAGCGGUGCAUCUGGAAGUGAGGCCAUGCGCUUCCUCGAACUAUCGACGGUUUAUCAGGAGGACUGUCAGCAAGCUCUCAACAAUGCUAGUCGCUGGAGUCUGGGGCGGCGUUCUACGCGGGUUAGCUUUGCUCUCUCUCUCUCUCUCUCUCUCUCUCUCUCUCUCUCUCUCUCUCUCUCUCUCUCUCUCUCUCUCUCUCUCUCUCUCUCUCUCUCUCUCUCUCUCUCUCUCUGUGCCUCUCUGUGCCUCUCUCUCUCUCUCUCUCUGUGCCUCUCUGUGCCUCUCUCUCUCUCUCUCUCUGUGCCUCUCUGUUCUGUCUCUGUCUCUGCUCUAUUCACUUCUUCCCCACCUGUGUUCGAUUUAGAAUCUGCUUCCAUUACCCGCACUAUUUCGUUUCAGCAACAAAGCCAGCAGAUCGGGCGUCGAGAGGGUGACGAUAUCAUUUUGGAUGGUUCGGAGCUGAACAUUCCAUGUGCCAUGAUCGAGGACCCAGAGGUAGCAGGCUGGCUCAUCAAGCAAGGUGGCAGCGGGUUGACGCCUCGCAAUUGGCGCAAACGCUGGUUUGUCCUCAAGCAAGGCGUGGUCCUGUAUUACAAGCAGCCUUAUGAUGAUACGGCUCUGGGCUCCUUUGCGCUGCCUGGCUACAUGGUUAUGCCACCUCCGCCCAGCAAGCGUAUGCACAAUCGAUUCGGCUUCAAGGUCGGACGCGAGGACACGCGUGCAUACUAUUUGUGUGCCGAAACUGCAGAGAGCAUGAAGCAGUGGAUGAAUGCCAUGUCGCUCGCGGCCAUCCAGUACGCUGGACGUAUUACCGUUGACCGUGGCUCCCAUGAACAAGAAUCACGGUCGACCUCGAUCAGCUCUGCUCGCUCCAUGCAUUCUGUGCGAUCUGCCGAUCCGCCUCGCGGUCCUUCUACCCUGGCUCGAGGUGCGCCCAAUUCGCGCGAGCUCUUGAACCCAGCCCCCCAGCGCAAGACUGAGAAUGGCGCUCCCAGUGCUCUGCCGCCACACAAGACUCGCGAGCUCUUGGCUGCGCAACGGGCCACCGUGUGCUAG